CGCUUGCGCUUCUCUGUGUAGAUACCCUAGCGGGUCGGAAAAGGAAAAUCCCUUGCCCCAAAAUUUAUUAGACUCGGGACUCGGCACUCCGGACUCCGGACUCCGGACUCGGGAGAGAAUUCCAACCAAAAUUAAACCUUUUCAAGAGCUACAAGCCUUAUCAAUUUUGCCACUCCUCCGGUUAUGGCGUCUCUGUCCACCCAUCACCUCCCUCUCUCGCAAAUCUCAUGUCGUCCUCCAAUUUAUGGCAAGCUUCCAACCUCUUUCUUCCCUGCGUCUGUAAGCUUGGCGUCAAAGACGCAUCUUUCUACUCUGUUGCCAAGUAGAAAACAGUCUAUGGUUUCAGCUCCGAGGUCUCUUACUGUGAAAUCGAUGGCGCCUCCCAAACCUGGGGGAAAAGCCAAGAAAGUGACUGGAGUGAUUAAGCUUGCUCUAGAGGCAGGCAAGGCCACACCUGCACCACCCGUUGGCCCGGCCCUUGGUUCUAAGGGUGUCAAUAUCAUGGCUUUCUGUAAAGAUUAUAAUGCAAGGACUGCUGAAAAGGCUGGUUAUGUGAUUCCUGUAGAAAUUACAGUCUAUGAAGACAAAAGCUUUACAUUUAUUCUGAAGACUCCACCUGCUUCUGUUCUUCUGCUCAAGGCUGCUGGAGUGCAGAAAGGUUCCAAAGAUCCGAAGUUAGAGAAAGUUGGGAAAAUCACGAUUGACCAAUUACGAAAAAUUGCAGAAGAGAAGUUGCCGGACUUGAACUGUUCAAGCAUUGAAUCAGCCAUGAGAAUUAUAGCGGGCACUGCUGCUAAUAUGGGAAUCGAUAUUGAUCCUCCAGUUCUUGAACCCAAGAAGAAGGCACUUGUGUGAUACUGUCAGUUCUGUCCCAAAUGUGCUUUGCCAGAAUUACCAUGGAACAAUAUGGCAAUCAAGCUGCCAUCAUUCUCUUCCAAUUUUGAAUAUAUAUCACUAGUUUGAAGAAAAAAAAAAUAUCUAUUCCCCCACCCAUUACUCCCAGCACCUCGUUUGAACUAAAAGGUCAGCACCUCUGUUUCUUCUUCGGCUUUGUUGUUUGUUUCCCAGUAAGAAGCACGUAAAAGAAAGAUUUCAGAUAGAUUUUUCCCAACCCGCCAAGGGGGUCUGGGGGAAAAUCUUUACCUGAAAACGAGCGGAACCUAAGUUAAAAAAAUCUUGGUUAGACAUUGAAGGUGCGAAGGAGCUUCUUUUUGUCUUGGGGCAGCUGCAACCCUCCCAAUUCCAAUCUACCGAGUGCGGGAGGCAACUUCUGUCGCCAUUCUAUCUGGCUGCCACCACUGUGUAAAUAAUGUCUCAGUUUUUGUGUAUGCUGUGCCUUACGACAAGUUUUGAGCAAGAGAAUGGAUCCUCUUGAGGGGGGAUCUGCCUUCCUGGUUCUUAGGGAAAGGUUGGUGAAUGAA